AAUAGUUGGACCGAGCGAAGAACAGGCGGACGGUCAGAGCGAAUUGAAAACGGUGACUCCCUGAGUUCAGAGAACCCCUCCUGCUAGGAACGGCCUCUCUCCGUCCGCGUCGCUGGGCAGCCCAUGCUCCCGCAGUGCACCAUGGGUAGCUCUCCAGAGGUGCUGUCAUGGGCGUCGUGCCCCAGCUUGCUUGUUGGCAAGCUGAAGGAGGAGCUAAAGAACACUGUGGUGGGGGACGGCGUUAAGAAAACUUCCUCUCCCAACGCCCCAGCCCCUCCCCUUCCUCUACCCCCCCAGAUCAUCACAGAUCUAGCUCCUCCCACACACCUCCUGGUUCCCCUGAUGACGCUCGCCCCGCCCUCAGGCCAGGACGAGGAGGCUAUGCUGGGCACCAGCCCACCAAUCACAGCGCUCAGUGAGGACUCUGGGCGGGAGCAGAGACACUUUGACAACAGCGUGCUCCAAUUGCAGGAGCACGAGGAGGCGGAGUCACCGACGUCAUGUGGCCAGGGGGAGUGUGGCAGUGGGGGCGAGGGGGAGGGGACAGGGGAGGGGAUGUGUCCCAUACACCAACACCACCCUGGGUCUGGAACACACAACCAGCCUCACCCCCGUGAUGACAUCAAACUGCACUUCCACAGAGCACCGGGAGGAGGGGGGUUCCUGGAUGGCCUGUUCGGCUGUCUGAGACCCGUCUGGAAUAUCAUAGGGAAGACCUACAGCACGGAAUACAAGCUGCAGCAACAAGACAUGUGGGAGGUCCCGUUUGAGGAGAUCUCGGAGCUGCAGUGGCUGGGCAGCGGGGCGCAGGGGGCUGUCUUUCUGGGGAAGCUCCAUGGCAAUGAGGUGGCCAUCAAGAAGGUCCGCGAGCAGAAGGAGACUGACAUCAAACACCUGAGGAAGCUCAAACACCCCAACAUCAUCAGCUUCAAGUAG